UCCGUCCAAGGGUUAGCGUGUAAAGUCUCACGUGUGCGCGCCAGUCGGUCUUUACUAAGGAGACUGGCGCGCGCAUGAGAAUCGAAAACGGUGGGCGUGACCAAAAAAAAAAAGAGCCUUGCGUUUCCUGCCGGAAUGAGCACGUGCUUCCGCGAGAGAGGUCCCUCUGUCAAGUCGGUGCGCGUUGUUGUCGCUGCUGAAGCCCUUUAAAUCGCACCCACACCGAGAGGCUUUCACGCGCGCCCGCGGCCCGGUGUUUGGGGGGUUUUUUGUUGUUGUUGUUGUUUUUGCCCCUCCUCACUGUAUCCUUCGUGCAUAACGUUCACCGGAACCUGAACUCGACUUGAGCAGGUCUGAAGCGGGGUCAUGACGCUAGAAGCGAUCCGGUACCGGGCCGGGUCUCUGCAGAUCCUCAACCAGCUGCUGCUGCCGCGGGAGACCGUGUACGAGGAGAUCCGCUCGGUGCAGGACGGAUACGAGGCCAUCAAGACCAUGAAGGUGCGUGGCGCUCCUGCCAUCGCCAUUGUGGGCUGCCUCAGCCUGGCAGUGGAGCUCCGGGCGGGUGCCGGGGGUGAUGACCCAGUGUCCUUCAUCAGGGAGUCUCUGUGUCACCUGACCUCAGCACGGCCCACCGCCGUCAAUAUGGGGCGAGCAGCACGAGAGCUAAUGGAGUUCACCGAGAAUGAGAGCAUGGAGAAAGGAGGAGAGCAACUCCGAGAAAGCGUAAUUGGUUGGAUUGAGGAGAUGCUGGAACGAGAUGUGAAUGAUAACCGGAAGAUUGGUAACUAUGGCGCCCAGCACAUCCUGUCCGGAGUGCCGAGAGACUCCGUCACCAUCCUCACACACUGCAACACGGGCAGCCUGGCCACCGCCGGAUACGGCACCGCUCUCGGUGUGGUGCGGUCGCUGCACACUCUGGGUCGUCUGAAGCGAGUGUAUUGUACGGAGACGAGGCCGUAUAACCAGGGAGCCAGGCUUACAGCAUACGAGGCCGUGGCUGAGGGCUUCCCUGCUACGCUCAUCACAGACAGCAUGGCUGCUCUCGCCAUGAGGGAGAAAGGCAUCACAGCCGUCGUUGUCGGGGCAGAUCGGGUCGUUGCUAAUGGUGACACGGCCAACAAAGUGGGCACGUACCAGCUGGCCAUUGCUGCAAAGCAUCAUGGGAUACCAUUCUACGUGGCAGCUCCCAGUACAUCAUGUGACCUGAGUCUGGAGAGUGGGAGAGACAUUGUGAUUGAGGAGAGACCACCCGAGGAGCUCACCAGCAUCAACGGCGUCCCUGUCGCUGCACCAGGUAUUGAUGUGUGGAACCCGGCGUUCGAUGUCACUCCUCAUCAGCUGAUAACGGGUGGGAUCAUCACCGAGCUGGGUGUGUUUUUGCCAUCUGAGCUGCAGGCUGCUCUCACCGGCCGCCUCACCGCGCUGUAGAGUCCACGCCGCCCCCCGCAGGGCACAGUGUGUUACUGCACCUUCACUACCACCCUACAGCUCACACCCUCAUUCCCAUUACUGCACACAGGGUGAAGAUCUCACCUUGGAUAAAAAUACACACGCAGAGUGAAGUGAAAAUUACACGAUGAUACAUUUUCACAGUCGUUCAACAACCGGAACGCUUAUAAAUCACCCACACGUGCGCACAGACACACAGAAACCAACCACGCUGUUUCAUGUCUGUGUAUAAUGUAGCUUUCAACAAUCUGUGUUCUCUGUUUGUGAUUUAUUCUUUAAACCCCCUUCCCAUUUCCCCUUUCUCGCUCAGCUCCAGUCCUUACUGAACAGUGUGUUACAGAGCGCGGCUCUAGCGAGGGCCUCGUCUUUUAUAACGGAUUUCUCGGAAGUUAAUCGAAUUCAGUUGAUUUCUGAAGGUCUUUCUUUUAAAAUGUUAAUUAAUGGAUUAGCAUAUUAGCUUCGUGUUCAAUUUAAGCUCCAUAAAAUAAGGGCUAUCGUGUCGUGUACAUGCGUACGAAAUCAGCCUAGACAUCUGUAAUCGUAGGCGAACGCAAAAAGACCUUUUGACCCGUAAAUCAGAUAUUGAAAUGUUAAACUAACAUUUUUUUUUAAAGAUAUCUUGGAAACACAGAAUAAACACACACACACAUAGAUAGAUAGAUAUAAUAGUUCUAAUUUAGUUUACUCAACUAAGCCUGAAAUCAACAUUUAAUGUAUUAUUAUUUUUUUUAUUUAUUUUUUUUAUUAUUUCAGAGUAAUGUGACUGAUUGCGUUGGUAUUUAUGUAAUAAGUAAACUAUGGCAGUUAUUUCCAUGCAAAGCUGAUAGGGGGCGUCCUCACACCAACGCCUGUCAAUCAUUCUCUGCAAGUAUUGCCUUAAAAAAAAAAAGGCCGAUCAGUAUCAAUUCUAACACAAGACAGGAACUUGUCCAAGACCUGUGGUGUUCUUCAGUUCCUCGAACGCUCCAGGUCCAUGGAGCUCCAUUUUCUAAUCGGCGCAUAAUCCGUUAUCUGGAGCGCUGAUAUGAAAACAUGGAAUCUGUGCACCUUUGUACGUUACAGUCCGUGUAGGUUGCGUUCAUUUUUUAAUUUUAUUUAUUUUUUCAUUUAUGAAAUUGGGAAAAACAAGGCACAGACAAAUGCAUUUUCUCCAUAAAAUGUGUGUGUGUGUGUGUAUAUGUGUAUAUAUAUAUAUAUAUAUAUAUAUAUAUAUAUAUAUAUAUAUAUAUAUAUAUAUAUAUAUAUAUAUAUAUAUAUAUAUAUAUAUAUAUAAGUCUAGUUUUGGUUUCUACUUGCUUCCCCACACAGACUCUAGAACUCAGUUAUUCAUAAAUUCUAGUAGUCUAUUCUACAGACUCCUCUCUGCUUAAGAUUCUGUUUUCAUAAAAGAUAUGAUUUUUAUUUCUUUAAACAGAAUCAGCGUCUGUAGAAAUACUUUUUUCAUGGUUAAAAUAUUCUUAAAAGUACCUCAGGAACUAAAGCUGAUCUGUAACUUACCCAGUAGUCACUGAUGCACAUCCACGUCCUUCAUGAUCAUUGAUUAACUUAAAAAAUGAAUCUGAAAGGAUGCAUUUUUUUAAAAAAUAUUGUUUUAAAGCAAAACAUGUUAAUAUUUAUUGUUUUCAUAUAGUUCGUAUCUAUAAUCUUGAAAUACAUUUUUUUUAAAAGAAUGAACGCAACAUACACUGACCUCCCUGCUGAAGGGGAAAAAAAAUCCACACACAAUAGAAACCCUCAUAGACGUUGUAAUGGUUUUAAUGGGAAUUGUAUUGCGUUUUAAUGGAAACUGUAAUGGUCCCUGCGGAUCUCUACUGGUAACUUGUUGCUUUCUACUGGCAGCAUGUUAUGCCUAGUGGAUACCAUUAAGGACCAGUAAUGAUUUUAAUGGUUGGCUGAUUGUUUGUAAUGGUGCUUGUAGUGGAAACCAUUAGAAUUUCUGUGAUGGUUUCUAUUUUUUGGGGGGGUUUUUUUUCAGCAGGGAUGUUGUACACACCUCCUGCUAAUCUACGCUGAGCUAAAACACUGCUAGGCACUUUCCUUUCCUCUUCAUCUGCUCAGAAAUAUAUUUAACAUCAUAAGUUUUGCCCCUGAAUAAAUUAUGACAAGCAAGUCAGCAUUUUAGAGCAGAAAUUACCCAGAACUGUGGCAACUAAAUUAUUAUGCAGAAUGUUGUGAGCGUGUAUUGUUUGCAACUGACAUCUAAAUUAGACCUCUUAAGUUUUCCUAAUCCGGCGUCUUUUAUUUUUAAUCUUGUCGAAAUGCCUGACGUUUUUCACGUGAACACGGUUAUACGACGUGAGCCGUUCUUUGAGAUGGUUAAAUCGUAUGUCAGCGGGUGAAUAGCUAGCGGUAGUUGUAGCUGGAGUGAGUAAACGGUGCUAUGGAGCUAGACGUUACACUAUACCUCACUAGAUUACCCACAAUCCUCUAUUCCUACUGCUUAUAGUUGCUCAGCCCCCCCCCCCCCCCCCCCCCCCCCCCGCCCUCAGUGAAUGCAGGACUGUGUGAUGUCUCAACAUAAACGCAUGCAUACACACAAUCUCGCAAUCCAGCCAGAGCCUUUAUUCUUUAUACAGGAUGUGAACGAAGCUAAUGUUGUAGAUCGCUAGCAUGUAGCCGUUAAGGCAUAUAUCAGGCCAGCGUGAUCAUGCAAACGAGACAAACCAAUUGGGAACGUCGACAUUUUCCUCAGAUGUGUUGAUUAAAUUACUAAAAAAGGAUCCUUACGGCUAAUAUUCCUCUGUAACUAUAUUUAGUUAUUGGGGGGAUAUAUUCAAUGAUGUAUCACAAAUUGUGUAAAGUGGAUGCGACCAUUUUUAAGUACUAAAUACUACAAUAGUGAGUAAACACAGCAAACUACAUCUAAAGGUAGCAAAUAUCUCGAGGUGAUGGUCACGAGGUCUUUGGCGAAGCCUUCGUUCUGACUGAACAAACUGAAACGGAUGAAAUGAAACAAAUGGCUGAAGCUAAUUUUGCCUUUUUAAAUGUUGUCGUGCUAGCUAGCAACAUUAGCUUUCGUUCAUUCUUAAGGCACCCCAGCUAGCAAUGAAUGUCUUGACAGUUAGCAGGUGCAUCAUGAUCAUCGGUAGCAUCGGCAUUUUGGUCAUAAGAGCUCAGCAAACCUGAUUGUGUCCCCGUGUUACUGAAUGUAGCGAGCAAAGCCAGUUCUCUUCACUGCCACCAGCAGAAAUGUUUGACCAUGUCCUGUUACCAUAGCCAUUACUCGUUUGCAUAGCAACAAGGAGAUCAAUGUCUUAAGGAAAAGACUGGAAGUAAAAUAAACUGGAAGUUCAGAGAGGCUGUGAAUUUUUGGUUAUUCCUUGAAACCCCCCCCCCAACCCAAAAACACAACAGACAAACAAGAAAAAAUCAAUGUCACAAUUUCAGUUUUUCUUAUGAUUUGUUUUGGACACUUUUUAUGGAGGUAAAGUAAUACUUUGCACGUUUCUGGUUGGUCGGAACUGCUCCACAUUGUCAAUAUUAUCAAGCAAUACUGCUGUACUUGUGUAAUGUUGUACCAUUUUUUCCCAUUAUAUAUGACAGGCUCACGAUGUAGUUAGCUAGCUAGUUGUUAAGUCAUAUAUCUGGACAAUGUGAAGAAGGGGUGAUGGUUAAAACAAGAUGAAUCAACUGAGAAUAUAAGAUUUUCCUUGGAUGGGUUGAUGAAUUAUUAAGUUAAAGCUCUGUACAGCUAGAUUUAUCAGUUCUGCCAAAUUCAAAAAAUGGGUGGUGUCUGCAGUGGUCACCAACCCUCUUGCAAAAGAUCUACCUUCCUGCAGGUUUAGCUGGCAAUGAUUAGAUGGUCAGGUGGGCACCGUUAUGGCUGGAGCUAAAGUCUUCAGGAAGGUAGAUCUCCAGGAACAGGGUUGGUGACCACUGCUUGAGAGGAUUGAGAAAAAAGCUAAUGGCUGGCCUGGUCUUCGAAAGGAAAUGUAGCAUGGUGAAAUGAAUUCAUCAAAACCUCUACGCGUGUGAGUCAGUCGUAUAGCUUGUAUAAUACAGGAUAGUAUCAUCAUCAUCAUCAUCAUCAUCAUCAUCAUCAUACAUCUGGGUUAAGUUUCCUAAAAGCAUCCCAGUGUUAAAAUCAGAGAAUGUGAUCCUUCAGCUGACAUUUAUACAGUAUGUUGUGGCUUUAAUGUGUUUAGAAAACAAUGUCUAUUAGUUUGUUUGUUUUUUAACUUUGUAUAGAAAAAUCUACACAAAACUGUAGCAAAUCUGUGACCGUCCAUGUGUUCACUAGAUUUCAUUGAAAAGGUACAACACGGUUUGUAUAUUUCAUCUUCACGAUUGUUUCGCUGAUUUUAAUGUGUUUUAUAUAUAUACAGUACAAACUCGGUUGCCAGUUUUUGGGAUCUGUUGUUUUUUUCCGUUAGGUAAACUGUACCGGUCAAAUUACUGACUGUAUCCCAUGAGUAGACCUGAUGAUAAAGUGGCAAUGCGGUGCGUGUGUAUCAUCUGUAUGCUGUAUAUAGCUACGACUUGUUGGUUGUUGGUGAUGAAACUUUGUUUAAAAGCUGUAAUGGGAAGGCCUUCUUCACACACAGCGCGUCUUCAUACGCCAAACAGCACGUCUUGGACGUCCACGUGAGCCAUGUACCGAUAAUCAACUACACAAUAUUUUAUGAUGUUCGUCACUCACUGUAUUGUCAGGCUCGAGGCUUUAAGGAAAUUUGUCUUUUAAAAAAUUCAAAAAGAAAAAUGACUAGAGAAAAGUAGAGAUUGUAAGUGAUGCCAAUCUGCUACAUGCUCCAAGCCAAUCAGGUGCUUUUUUUUGUUGUUUUUUUGACCAAUGGGAAGCGUGCUUGGUGGAUGGCUGCGUGAGUUUGAAAAGACCUCCCCAUACCCAUAUUUAUUCUCAUUUAUUAUAACCCAUAUUCACAGCUAGCUUUUGUUUUGUAUAAUGUGGGAAAAGAUUGAUGAGGGGGGGAAAAAACACAUUUGAUUUUUUUAUACAUAUGUAUAUGAAUAUUAUACUGUAUACAGCUCACAUAUACUACAGAACGUCUCUUUCACAUCAAUACAAUAAAGAAGCAAUGCAUUUCUGGAGUCAUUUA